GGGAGCUAACGAUAAGGUGCCCUUUCAUUUCAGAGAGCAGAGGAAACCCUAGAUUAGUGUCCUUGCCGUCCUAAGCUUAGCGAAGAUGCAGAUCUUCGUGAAAACCUUAACAGGGAAAACAAUCACCUUAGAGGUUGAAUCUUCGGAUACGAUCGACAAUGUGAAGGCCAAGAUCCAGGACAAGGAGGGCAUCCCUCCCGAUCAGCAACGCCUCAUCUUUGCCGGGAAGCAGCUGGAGGACGGGAGAACCCUAGCCGAUUACAACAUCCAGAAGGAGUCAACCCUUCACUUGGUUCUCCGUCUCAGGGGAGGAGCGAAGAAGCGAAAGAAGAAGACCUACACGAAGCCCAAGAAGAUUAAGCACAAGAAGAAGAAGGUUAAGCUCGCUGUGCUGCAAUUCUACAAGGUAGACGAUUCCGGGAAGGUUCAGAGGCUCAGGAAGGAGUGCCCCAAUGCUGAGUGUGGCGCCGGCACCUUCAUGGCCAACCAUUUCGAUCGCCACUACUGCGGCAAGUGCGGACUUACCUACGUUUAUCAGAAGGCUGGAGGUGAGUGAAGUGAGAUAUGGAAGCGGCCCUUUAGGACUUUCAGGUUGGUUUUGAUGUUACUCCUUUGCUAUACAAACUGCGUUUCUUUAACUUCCCUCAAGUUAUUUACGAUUUGGUGAACUUCCUUACUGUCUUAUAUUUGGUGGAUAAUCAUUGUAGGAAUACUUUUUUUAAGGACUCUUACUCUAUUGCAAUUUUGUAUCCCCACGUUGUUCUUUCUA